GAGGACAAUCUCGCUUUGUUUUUGGUGAAGCGAACAGCCGAGUCUCUCCCUCACACGCGCACAUACGCACACACACAGUGAGGAGAGGUGAGGUGAGAGUCCCUCUCCACUCCACGAGAACCUCUCCCAUUCCAUGCCAUGUGAUGUGAAGGCGUCUGUCUCCUACCUCCUCCCUCGGACGCAGAGCCCCGUGCUUUCCCCACUGCCUCUGCCUCUGCCUCUGCCUCGCCUUAUCAUCACCACACAUGUGAUUCAGUAAACAGAUUCACUGCACUGCACUGCACCAUUUGUUUUGCUGCCCCCCUCCCCUUCAGUUCGGACCUCCCUUCAGUUCGAGUCUCCUUCCCUCUUCUUUGAUUGCUUCCACUGUUGCUCAUCCUCUCCUUCUUCUUCUCCUCUCCGUAUGCCCAUGUGUCUCCUGCCCUGAUUGAUCUCCUCACUCACUGUUCUUGGUGGCAGCUUCUUCUUUCUGUUAGGUGUCAGGUUCCUCUGUUCAUCGGCGCCAGCUUUCUAGAUUCAACUUUGCCUCUGAAUCGUCUGGGUGGGAGGAGUAUCGAUGCUUUGGUUGGCCUCCCACCAAUGGUGAAUCCGACUUAGUUUGCCGUCGAAGAAAGGAACAGAAACCGCUGGCAAGGGGGAGAAAAAGAUGCGGGGUUUGAGUAGGCUUGGCGUCGGGCUCACGGUGGUGUCCGCGCUCCUCCUCCUCGCGCUCGCCGCCGAGCUCUACUACCUCCUCGUGCACAAGCGCCGCCAGCGACGACGCGCCGCCGCCGUCUCCGACGCCGCCUCCUCGCCCUCCUCCUCCCGCGAGCUGCUCCAGCUCUUCUGCUUCAAGAAGCCGCCCGCGCUCGCCUCCACCUACGCGCAGGAGCCGACCCAAGCCGUGGCCGAGGUCGUCGUCGACGAGGACGAGGACGACGACGACGAGACGGUGGAGGCGCAGCUGAUGCGGCUGGGCAGUCUCGUCGGCCCGCCGCGGCUGCUCUUCACCAUCAAGGAGGAGACCAAGGAGGACCUCGAGUCCGAGGACGGCCGGAGCAGGUGCGGGAGGAGCCGGAGCCUCGGCGACCUGCUGCAUUGCUCCGAGACGCCGUACCUCACGCCCGCCUCCUCGCCCCUCCCGCCGGCCAUGGAGAAAUCGUACAACCCGCUGUUCGAGUCCCCGGCGGCGAGCCCGGCCGCGGUGGCGGCGUCGCCGCCGCCCAAGCUCCAGUUCCUCAAGGACGCGGAGGAGAAGCUGUACCGGCGGGCACUGGCCGAGGAGGCGAAGAGGGCGCGGGGGUCUCCGUCGCCGUCGCCGGCGGCCGGCGAGGAGGACGGCGGCGGGUACAUCACCAUCGUGGUGGGGAAGAACACCCGGGUCAUCCCCUUGCCCUCGCCUCCCGGCAGCGCCUGAAAAAAGGUGGCCUUUGUUAACUCGUCUGAUGCAGAUGCAGAGUCAGUCAGUCAGUGUUCCGUUCUAGCGUAGCCUCUGUGCUGUGAUCUUUUUUUGAUCAUUCCAAUUGGAUGAUUGGAUGUACAUAACAUGAACAUGGCGAGGAACUGAGAACUUGGGAUCAAUCUUUUCUUCUACUAGUAGUUCUAUUUGUGCUAUGUGACAACUUGUGACUUUAAGGUGCAAGUUAAUUACAGUACUGUAAUUUUGUUGCUGUAGGAGGCAAAACAUUUGCACUCUUAUUUGCCUGUUAUGUAUGACGAACAUAAAUGGACUAUCAUCCCAGAUGAUCAGAAUAUCAUUCUUCUUAUGAAUUCCAUUAA